CUAAGUUUAAAUAAUUGCAAAAAUAGGCUUCAAAAACAAUAGGACACAAAUGAACACUUUGUAAAGCGUAAAACUCGCAAGAAGACGACAGAAUAUUACUGGGACAAAAGGAUUCGUAAAAACAAUGAUAUGAAAAUAAUCUGAAGGAGUUGGAUUCGUUAAAGUAAGUGCAUGGUGUGGAUUCCAAGUUAAGUUAAAAUAAUGAAUAAUUAAACUUAAUAUCUUAACUCUGAGUUGGAGCUUACAAAAUGUACGUUUUGUUAAAACCAUUUUUUGUUAAAAAUCUUUAGUUUAGGAAUUAAAAUAGUUCUAUCCUUUUUUCUUAUUAAAAAUUUUAUUAUUUCAACCCAACAUCAUAUUUGCAGAUAAAUUAACUAUACCUCUAUAGUCUCUACAUAGAUACGCAAUUAACCUCUGUUAUAUAUUUUGUUAAAAUACCACGAAAUUUUAAGCAAAAAAUUAGAAAACCAUCUUCACUUCAACCAUGGACGCAUACAUGGUCAUCGACUGUAUGUGUUGCCUGCCUCGUGAAUCGUAUAGAGCUAUACGCAUAAAGUUCGCCUACAUGCAGUGCUUUUUUUGCAAAACUGCGCCAUCUUGCCCGUUGGCGUUCAAUUUACUACUUUUGGAAAUGCGUUUUAUCCGAAAGCCCAAAUCUUCAUCAGCGCGCCAAUAUUAAAUGUAAACGCAGUGUGUUCGAUAAAAUAAAACAAUAUACGCAUGCAAAGCAAAUUAAUUUAAUUUAUAUAUUUUCAUGUUUUCACAAAAGCGUGUAUUUUACAAUUGGCUAUAAGGGAACAAAAAUACGGUUAUAUUAAAUAAUGCAUAUAUAUGAAAACGGUAUUCCUGAUAUGUGUCCCAGUGGCGUGAUAUCUUUGAAGCAUCACUUGAAAUUGAAAUGUACUCUUACUCAAGGCAUAAGCGAUUUAAUUGGAACUUGCCACGCACUCAGUUUUAAAAAAUUCCAGGCGGCAAGCAGGCUAGUGCUAUACGAUCAUCUUCUGAGUUUUGACACCAGAAACUCCCCACUCAGAAGGAAAUUUUACUUGUUUUCCUCAUUUCAUUUCUCAAUGGGAGGAAGGCACUGAAUGAAAAGAAAAUUGAAAGUUCCAUUGAAUUUUUGUUUACACAAACUUUCCCUACAUUCAGAACUACGCACAUGAUAUUUCAAACGUACGCUAUAUUCUAUAAACAUCUGACGACAUCAUCAAUAAUUAACAAUAUAAAUCGUCAGUAUAACAUUAAGCAAAACCUGAAAUCGGCCCAAACCAUCGUAGUAUGUUAACGUAACGUGUUUCAAAAAGAUUGCCCGGCGCUACAUGCUUAAGUUCCCUGCAAUGUUUUGUUUAAACAGGUGAAAAUGUAAAAAUAUAUUUGGCAAGUUCUCAUAGUUCUUCAAACAUGUUGUUUUUAUGAAUGUAUUAUCUUUCUUUGUACAUUACUCAUUAGACUCGUAUUUUUGUCCUUUUAUAUAGCUGGAUUUAGAGGGAUAGGAAGCUAGUCGUGAAUUUUUAAUUUUUCUUAGCAAUUGUUUUUUGAACAGGCGACGUUGGAGGUGUUUUAUGAGUCUCUGUAUCCUAUGACGUCCGCAUUUUAUAAAAUUGCCGCUCUCUGAAAUUAUUUUUCACGAAAACAGGAAAUAGCAAUUCUCUGGAGGAUAUCAGUGUCUACAAGAUGUUAUUAAAAUUUGAGACUUCAUAUAGCCACUUUAUUAAAUAUCAUUUAUCAGCAUUACUUUUGAUCUACGCGAUUAUAGCGCCAUAUGUAUGACGAGUAUAGAUAUAUUAUGACUCUGACAGGUACAUUGUGUAUACGAUUCUGAUCGACGAUAAUCAUAAAAAUGCUCAUUCAUGCGUUCAUACAGAUCAGCAAAAGAUCUUUGUCUGACAAAAGCAAUGGGACAUAUAUAUAUUUCACACAAUUUUAUACACUCAGCGUCCCCGUCGUCUCCGUUUAAUGUUUGUCCAACUAAUUUUUUUAAAAAAGAUGUCUGUUACCCAGACCGCAACAAGCUGAAAAGUUUGGAAGGAGGGGGCGGGGGUAUAAUACACAGGGGCGCCGAGAGAAUUCGCGGGGCCCGGGGCAAAUCUUCCCUGGGGGCCCCAUGACAUCAUUAUUUUUCAGCUAGACCCAAUUAGACCUUAGCUAGACUGCGUGUGGAGGUACUGUAAAAGGUCUGGCCUCAAUUUCAAAAAUGCUCUGACCAAUUUAAUUAAGAACCUACUCAAUUUUAGGCUCUCACUAAGUUGGGGCCCUAUUAAGGUGGGAGCCCGCGGAGCAAUUCGCUCCCGCCUGCCCCCCCCCCCCCCCCCCCCCGCCCCCCCCCCCCCACCCCUCUCGGCGGCCCUGUCAAUACAUGUGAAUACAUGUUGCAGUAAAACUAGGUUGUCCCAACUCUCAUUACAUCGUCAACGGAAGAAGCGGUUUUUCAAAUUGCAAAAGUGCACAACGAACCGUUUUGGGGACUCUUUUAUUAUCGCUAGGGCAAGUCGAUACCAAUUUUUCUUCUUAUCAUAGUAUUGUCAAUAUUUCAGUAUACUUGAUCCUACUUUACAUUUUGUAAUUUUAGUAUGUUGUAUCACAUGAUUCAACUACAAUUUGUUGCCUAUAGCCACUUUCACACAUUCUAACCCUAUUUCUAACGUGGUAGUCCAGUAUAGGUAAUGUAACAUGCGUAUGUUAUAUAUAUAUAUAUAUAUAUAUAUAUAUAUAUAUAUAUAUAUAUAUAUAUAUAUAUAUAUAUAUAUAUAUAUAUAUAUAUAUAUAUAUAUAUAUAUAUAUAUGCUGUUGGGGCGACCAGUGGAAUACAUGAUAGUUUUGGAGUUGAAGCUUUUGGAGUUGAAGUUUAAAAAGAAUUUUAGACAAGCUUCAACUCCAAAACUAUCAUAUAUAUAUAUAUAUAUAUAUAUAUAUGCCCUAUUUCCGAUAUUUUGUUGAUAUACGUAAAUUAUUCAGGGCAGCACUAGUGGGUGGGCGGGAUGCAUGGGAUGGUGAUGGGUUUGUCAUAGGUAUUUGGGGGGGGGGGCUUAAUUAUAGAGUAUUUACAGUGCCAGUUCGGUAUAGCUGACCUGAAUAUAUUGUAUUUGGUUCAUAUAUGGAAUAAUCAGAUAUCCUUCCAGUUCAAAUUGUUGGAGCAGAAAGAUCAAUAAUUAAUGUUGUAAAAACCCAGUCUACAUAUAGGAUUAUUUCUAUUAAUCAUCAUAUUAAAAUCGAGCUAAAGUACAUGACAUCGGAAAUAUUGUCGCCAGCUUGUUCUGCUGCCUACAUGCAAUAAGUUCACGUAAUUGCGACAUCUGAGAAUUUAAAACAACAAUAUUUGCUACACGUCCAACUUCUGAAGUAUCACACUUUUACGAUAUCAAGAGAUACCCAAUCAAAAUUCUCAAAUAAAAAAUGUUGAGAAAAAUUUACAUUAUUAUCAUUAAAGAAUCAGUAACGCACAAUUAAGCCAUGCAUGCAUGUGUAUAUAAAUCCCUAGAUUCAAGUGUAGCCGUAGGUCUUUUAAUGACGGCGAACGCGACGUCUGCAUAUCAAGAUUUAAAUUUCAAACAGUUUUAAAUUUUCUUCAAAUAGAGAAGGUGAAACAAAACAGUAACGACUAACGAUCCAAACAGAAAAUGAUUCUUCUGCUUGUUCUCUCCCUGUUCCUGUGUCGUCCAGGUAAAUUGAUAUUUAUGCAUGCACAUGUAGCCUCCGUGUUCAUAAUUCUGAUAUGUUGUAGAUGGUCAUUAUACGCCGAUUCGAAAGGUAAUUAUCAUCUUUCUCCUGAAAUUAACUCAAAUCAAGAUAAUCACUGCGGCCUUAUAGAAUACUUCAAGACCAACAGUUUCAACCUCGCAAGCCAGGGUUUAAAUAUAAUACCAUGUGUUCUCUUCUAAUUUUAAAUUUUAAAAAUACCAAAGUUUAUUUUAAAAUUAAAUUAAAUUUUAAAAAUACCAAAGUUUAUGCUAGAUUUAGCAAAUAAGCCAAGCCUGACUAUAGCCUCGUUUUAGUGUUUUUCGGCUUUUUCCUAUUUCAAAGGGCUAGAAUUUCGCUUGCAUGCAUGAUGGUUUUCAAUCUUUUGCCUUUAAUAAGCAGUCUCCGUUUAUUAUUAUUUUAUUUGGCUACAUCCUGAUAAUGCGUAAAUAUAUAUCUACUUAUUUUAUGCUUAUGCUAUCAUGUUAAAUUCUAGGUCACCUAAAUUCAAAUGAAUUCACUGUAAAUGGAACAGCGUAUUACAAUAUAACAGGAACAAUAUGCACACACGUGGAUAACGCGCGAGACAUCGUGGAUCGUGAAUCUGACGUGUACAAAGGCAUCGCAGGAAAUCUUACACGAGGGGUAUUAUACUAUACAUCAGAUAGUUUCGUACUUCUUAUUUCAUACAUUUUCGCUCCUUGACACUUUCAAAUUUAUAACAUGUUUUUAACAGUUCAAACUCGGGUUAUUGACAAUAUUUCCAUCAAGCGUUUGGAUUUGUUCGAGGCAACGUUUGAACUUUUUGGAAAAACCAAAGGGGAACGACACUAAUCACUAUACCACAGGGCAUUCGAGGUUGCCUGUUGUCCCCCUUUCCAAGACGGGAAUAGUUUGAAACAAUUUUGAACUUUUGAAAAAUAAGGGGAUCAAAUUCUCCCUGUAUCCUUUUAAAACUAUAUUAUUGCAUAUCGAAAUGUUGACUCCCCGAAUAUUCUCACAUAAAUUCUUGUUCUCUUCAACUAUAUAGUUCAACAGAUAUUUUCCAGACAGAGUUGACUGGCUUGAUUAUAAAGUAACUGUUACAGAUCUUUUCAUUUGGUAAGGAUGCCGUAGUAGAUAUAAAUAUAUAGACAAUAUGAUAUUAUUUAUGAUGAAAUAAUUUUUUUUUUCACCAGGCCGAAAUUUCCUGCGGAAUAUAGAAACGUACACAAGUAAGAUAAUGUAAAAAUGUAUCAUGGGAGAAUAACUGAAUAUUGAAUAAGAUAGGACAGGGAGGGAAAAGAGAAUUAUGUUUAAAGUGAAAUGGGAAAAGGGAGGAAAGGAAUAAACACUAGAAAAGUAGGACGAAGGUCGACAGGAUAUAAAAAUGGUGAAAAAAUCUGAGAAAGGAAAUGCCAAUGUAAAGAGGAAAGGAAGAAAUUAACGAACAGCGGACAGAAUUGUAGUAGUAGUAAUAUAAUAACACAUCCCAAAAGGGCUUUUCGAUGCUAAUCAGUUAAAACAUUACAGUAACAAGGUAAAAUAUUAAGAUGGCAUGCAAAAGUACAAUGUAUAUAUAUGUUAUACAAAAAGAUUAUCAGAAGAGAUUACGCGUCUAAGAUCAGUAAGAUGACAUGCAAAUAGUACACAAUAUAAGUGGUGAACGUAGCAGUGAAGACGUCUGUCAACUAGAAUAUUAUUUAAAUUAUGUUUAAAAAUUAAUGCAUUUGGGCAUUGUUUCAAAAAUUCGUCAAUAGAGUUUAAUAUUUCGCAGGCUGGAAAAAUAAGUUAACAGCCCACUGGCAGUUUUAAACUUAGAAGGCCGUAAGUCUCCUUUAUUGUGGAGUUUGUAGUGACAUUCCUUUAAUUUACAAGAAGCAGAUGAAGUCUGGAAAAGGGAGAAUGAGGAAUGGAUAUAGUGAAAGAGAAGUUGUAAGGAAGACGAAAAUAGCUAGAAAGCCUGAAUAAGGCAGAUAUGAAAAGUACAUGUUGACUGUCGGGGGAUGGUAGAAAUAAAAGGAAAUGUAAAGAUAGCACGAAACAAAUGUUAAGAAUAACGAAACUAUACAAAAAUAGCAAUAGAAAAGUAUCAAUAGAAAAGAAUAAUGAUGGAAGGACAUAUGUGAGGGAGAAAUGACAAUUACAAAGGCUGGAGGCAAGACGAAAAAUUAGCAGAUUAGAUGCAACAUUUCGGAAAUAUACAUGCUAACAUAUUUUAAUUUUUUCAGCCUGUCAUUUGUGUUAAUUGCACAAAACAAGUUCCAGACCCAAACGUAUGCUGAUAAACCUCGAGCAGCAGAACAUUUCAGAACUAUGUUUUGGGGUCAUGUAAACGAACAAAAAGAUGAUCAAGGAUAUGUCACAUCAGAAGGACUGAGAGUUAGAUAUAUAAAUACAACUGUAAGAAUGGUUUACUUAAUGAUUAAUCUAGAUUUAGUUUUUUAAAUUAAGGACAUAUUACACGAGGCAAUUUUUGCUAAUUUAUCACUAUCAUGGCUAACCCUAACCAGGAUUUCUGGUUAAUUUAACCAGGCUAUAUGGUUGAAUUAACCAGAAAUUCCUGGUUCAUAGUCGAGCCAACAUAAUCUGGUUAAUUCAGCCAUAUAGCCUGGUUAAAUUACCAGGAAAUUUAACCAGGAAUAUUCAGUUACCCCAAACAGUGUUGAUUUUAGAUUAACCAGAAAAUUUUAACCAGGGUGUUUUUAGACCUAGUUUGUAGAUAUAUACAUGCACGCACAUAUUCGUGCACGAAACAUGGGGAUGUAGUAAUCUUCAUGUGCGUCUGCAUGUCAUGCCGAACAUGGAAACAAGGCGGCUCUAUUGGGGCAAAAGUGCAAUAAAUAGUAAAGUCUAUUGUUUGUUUUUUAUUAAAGGAGACCUAGGUGCAUGAAUACAUUUCAUUGGGUCAUCAUAAAAAUUAAUUAUAGAUCAGCAAGAAUUAAGAGUGAGGUUUGAAGUCAGGUUCUUAAUAUGGAAAUCUUUUUCUUAUAGAAACUUCCUGAACACAUGAUAAAGAAUAUUCCUUAUGGUUACAUGGCGUUUAUCACAAGGUUAAAAAAUUCUAACAAUGGUGGUGGUGGUGGUGGUGGUGUACCAACCAAAACCACAUCCGGGAAUUCCUCAGGACAAUAUAAUUUCUCGGUGAAUGGCAUUGCAUCCAGUGAGCCACAUGAAAUAUCUUACAUAGCGUAUAUCGGGAUCACAUUGUCUAUGAUUGGCUUGUUCAUCACAAUGACGUCAAUAUGCUACUUCAGGUAAUGCAAUACAAAACAAUUCUGGGUUUGCACUUGAGGCGGAACGCUGACAAAAUGUGAUUAGCAGCUAUUGUAUUUGAAGCGCGUUUUCAUCCAACAUGACCGCCAUAUCUUUGUCUUAUAAAUCUCCAGGGAUUGAUAAAGCAGGAAUAUCAAUACGAAAACAGUUUACUUAAAGUUUAACGAAUGAAUAAUAUAAAAUGUGGCAUUGUUUUCCGUUUUAGGAGAUUAAGAAAAUUUCGGCGAAAUCAAAUUCUGGUUCAUAUUUGCGCUACAGUAAUGGCGGGCAUGUUGUUAUCCAUAAUAUCCUUCACAUAUAAAGAAGGCAAGAGUUACUGCACAGCAGUAGCACAGUUACUUCACUACUUCAUCUUAGCUGCAUUAUCGUGGAUGUGUGUUGAGGCAUAUAAUCUAUACAGAGAUCUUGUAAAAGUGUUCAAUACUAACGGCGUUUCAAGCAGGGCCUUCACACUAAGGGCUUGCAUCUUUGGCUACGGUAAGACGUAAUAUGCAACUUUAUAUAACUUUAGCAACAGCUAACCUAAUCAUGUAUUUUCCACGUGAACAGUCAAUCUGAUCACGUGUUUUUCACGUGAACAGUUAAUCUGAUCACAUGUUUUUCACGUGAACAGUCAUUCUGAUCACGUGUUUUUCAUGUGAACAAUGAAUAUGAUGACGUGUUUUUCGUGUGAACAGCUUGUUUCCCAUGUGAACAACCAAUAUGGACAUGUGUUUUUCAGAGCCUCAAGGACCUAACAUUUCUGUAAUAUUUUUCAGGUCUUCCAGCUUUGAUUGUGGGCAUAACAUCUCUUGUGGACAUCAGUGUUUAUGGGCGGAGAAAUGAUGCGUGAGUGUUGAAAAUUUUGUUCACCAUCAUCAUCGACAUCAUCAUCACGACAACCAUCAUUAUCACCAUCAUCAUCGCCAUCACCACUACCACUGUCUCAAUGCCAUCUAAUUAAUUCUUAAUUUGUUUCAGUUGCUGGAUGACGUCAUUAUUGGCAUUCCUUAUCAGCUUCCUCGGCCCAGUCCUUCUAAUAGUCUCCAUAAACAUCGUCUUCUUCAGUCUGAUCAUGCGCGAGAUUAUUCAAGUCUCUCAACGUGACGCGAACAUCAUUCGACCCAGUCUCCGCGCAGCUGUCUCUCUCUCGGUCGUGUUCGGGUUUUGCUGGCUUCUCGCGGGAAUUUCCACGUUUACCACGAACCCUCUCGUGACGUACGCGUUCGUGAUUAUGUCGUCAUUCCAAGGCCUGUUUAUAUUCAUAUUUCACGGAAUUGGUAAGCAAGAGUUGCGAGAUUCUUGGAAAAGUUUGCCUAUAUUCCGCUGGCAGUUCAACAAGUUUACCAACACCGAGAGUCAGGGUCGCGGGAAGACUGAAUCGACUACCCAAGAUACACCGCAGGUUUCGAAACGAUAUUCAACAGACGAGGCGGGAAAACCGAGCAAGGAUUACAUCUCAGGCUUCGAUGCGGGUUUUCGUUCAGCCUGUGAUGCGGGUUAUAAUCACCAGGCAUACUUGCCAGAAAAUGGGCUGGGUACGAAUGAGAGAGCCUACAGCAUUCCUGGCGUCCCUGAGAUAGAACACGGUCCAUUGAAAAAGGCUGAAAGCAAUUGUUAAGCAGUGGAAAUUUACACGAGAUUGUAUUCUGUGUAAGGACAAUCCCAGCUGAACACAAUUAAAAACAAAACUGCAUUUUAAGAUUUAAACGGUUAUUAUUACUGCUUAACUGUAACAUUGUACGCGGAAAAGUAAUGUAUUAUACACUGUAUUUACCAAAAAAAUGUAUUCCUUAUCUGUGAUUGAGCCAGUUUGUAUUUAUAACCCAAAUUAAAAAUGACGGUUCAGUCUACAAGAUAGCUAUGAGUCUUUUAUCGCUUCCAGAUCUUGCAUCUUUAUGGUGAAAGCAUUAAAAUAACUUCAAACAAAACUUUAGUGUGCUUGUUA